AUGGCGAAUCUAAGCACUGCCAUCGCCCUGGUGCUGUACACUCUGCUCGUGAUCACGACCGCCACCGGUGGGUUGUGCUCCAGUAACUCGUCUGGCAGUUGCUCCAGUGGCUCCAACUUCCUGCAGUUUGCUUCGCGAAGGGGCGGCUCCUGUGCCUCCUUCGAGGACUGGCCAGAUGUGGACGGCGUCACCUGCGGCAACUGUAAAGCCCUGGUCCAGACGCGGCAGUUCAAGCGCUGCGACGACUACUGUGCCAGCUUCAAGCACAAAUGCGUGGCAGCUGCGGAGGAGAAGAGCGAGACCUGCGAGGUAGAGAAGGAGUACAAGUGUGAUGAGGACAUCCAGGGCACUUCGGACAUGUUGUGCACCUGCGAGCGGGACACCACGAUCCCGGAGGUGCCCGGUGAACGCGCCGCGGAGGUGAACGAAGAGGGGCUGAGUCCGCAGGGAAGAGGAAACUCAUGUGGUUUUGCACGGGAACCAGGCAGGACUUCUUUCAUCUCAGCAGCUUGGACUGAGACGCAGCCGAGUCAUGUCACCGAGGACUACGACGAGUUCUUAAGCCACAGCUGGCAUGUGGAGAGUUGGAAGAAGGUCUUGCUGUUGCUCAUGUUGAAGAAUGGGCCUGCCUCUGUCUUGUUUGGCUCUUUGGCCGCAGUUCUCAUGCUGAUUCUGUGGUACUUUCAGAUCUUACCCAGCGUCAUCAAGAGGACCCCCGGGCCUGCCGGGUACAUGGACUAUUCUUUCUGGUGCUUCUCUGCGGCAGUCGUCGUGGCGUUGUUGAUGUUGAUUCUGUGGCGGCCCCGUGGGCGUAUUUUUGUGGAUCGCGUAUGCAUCAAUCAGGCCGAUGGGCGCAUGAAGGCCGAAGGGAUUUUGAACAUUGGGGCAAUGCUGAAGAGGUCAUCGUCAUUGCUGGUGAUUUGGGACGAGUCCUAUGUCGAUAGGCUGUGGUGUAUUUUUGAGCUGGCUGCCUUUUUACAAAGCCAUCCUGAAGCUUCCGCCAAAGCUGUGCAGGUACGACCGGUCUUGCUGGGAUUUGCCGCUGCCUCCACUGCGGUGGCGAUCAUACUGGCUAGCAUCGCCUUCUUGUUCGUGCCCCUUGACAGUCCCUGGGUUGUUUGGUCGAUCCUGUGCCCCGUGGUGUGCGGUGAAGGCUACGUCCUGAUUUGGGCCUUUAGGAAUUACUUCCGUGCGCUGGAGUCCGCGAACCGCUCUUUGCAACACUUUCGUCUUCAAACGGCUCACUGCUGGUGCUGUAGUGUUGACCAUGUGAACCCCUCGACGGGGCAGAGCAUCGCCGUUUGUGAUCGGGAGAUUGUCCGCCAGUGCGUCACGACUUGGUUCGGCUCGGAGGACGCCUUCGAUGAAACGGUGCGCUCCUCCGUGAAGCGGGCGCUGGCGGAGCAGCUGGGCGUCGACGCCUUUCCCUACGUCUGGGUGGUGUCCUCAACUGUACCUUUGAUUUGGGUGUGCAUGGAUGCCACUGUCAGCAUCGCAGCAGAGGAGCACGAGCGAAUUCUGCUGGCCUUCAUGGUGCUUCGCUGUCUCGCCUGGUGGCUUUGGGGCAUUCCCAUCGUGGCCACACUAGGGCUCACCGCAGCGCGGCGCUUUCACGCCCCCGGCCGAAGCUGUGUGGAAGAGCUUGGGAAGAAUCUCCUGGUGCUCCUGGUCGUGGCCCCCGGGGCUGCUCUCUUGAUGGCUUGGCACGUUGGCUUGGAGCUGGCUUUCGGCUGGUUUGCGACUGCUUGGCUGAGCGCUCCGCAAGAGACCUUAGGCUCCGUGGUGUUCGCGGCCGGUUGCUUUGUAGCCUUUGUUUUGGUGCGGAUUGCCUACCGCUGUGCCAACCGGCGCUACAUGGAAACCGUGAAUGCGAGCACGUGA